UAAAUUCAUUUCAUACAUUAUUUGUAUUCUUCCCAGAACAUAUUCUCUCUUUUAAAGUCACACAUUUUUUUUGACUUCGGUUCCUUUUUUUUCCUUCUUUCUUCACACCCCUUUCUCGAACAUCAACAACAAGAACAAGAACAUGAAUGGCUACAGAGAAGAAAAUUCCUACUGUUAUUUCCACCCCAGUGAAGCUGUUGUGGGUGUUUGUCCACUGUGCCUGAAUGAGAGGCUUCUGAUCUUGGCCUCCAGAAAAGGCCACCACCACCACCAUUCAUCAGCAACAACAGCAAGAGCUUCUUACAGGGCUCAAAAUGUCAUGCACAAUAAGAAGCCCUCCAUUUCCUUCCCGAAGAUCUUUGCUUUCAGCUCUUUUCUCAAUCGGCUUGAAUUUCUUCCUUGGAAAUCCGAUUACUCUGAUCAUGAUGUCUCCACCAGUCAAGAAGAUUCAUUCAUAUCAAUCAAGUUUGAAGAGAAUGGUGUUGCUUCAUGGGAAAAAAACACAGUCUCUAAGGUAGCCCUUGAAAACUGCAACAAUAUGUCCUGGAAUCACAGCUUUAACAAGGAGACCAACAAGGAGUCAAAGACUGUGAUAGAGCAUGGGAAACCACGUGCCUCUUCACUUAGAUGGCGGAAGCGGAUUGGUCAUCUAUUCCAGCUAAUCAGAUGGAAGAGAACCAACAAAGGGAACGUGUGCCACGUCAGCAGCAAAGUGGAAGGAGUCAAGGUGAGAAAAGGUUGGAUAAGAAAUCUGACACAGAAGAGAACCGUGGAAUAAAAGAAGGAAGCAGAGAGAAAGUGACAAAAGAGGUUUUUCCUCCACCAUAUUACCUCUCUCUCUCUCUCUCUCUCUCUCUCUCUGUGGGCAGUAUAACACCCAAAGUGGCUGUAAAGUCAUAUAUUAUUGAGAGGGUAUAGAGUCAAAAUUGUUACUUUUCAGCGCUACAUAAAAUUGUGCUUUCUUUGCUUCAUGAAAAACUCUUUGGGGGUGGUUCUUUAUACUUUUCAGCACUACAUAAAAUUGUGUUUUCUCCGUUUUCUUUAUUCUUCAUUAUUCUUUAUAUAAAUGGUACAGGCUGUAAAAGGAUUCUUGAAAGCAUGCUUUGGUUUCACGAUGAAUGGUAUGUAUAUAUAUAUAUAUAUAAAGAAUAAGAGAAAUUUGUGAAUUUUCUUUGUA